AGGAAGUCCAGAGAAGCGUCAGUGUCAAACAGAAAUCUGUGCAGCCGCUGUGAACGACUCGGAGCUGUAAAAGUGCGUCGCCAUGCUGAGAAGAGUCCUCAGACAUGUGGGUGACAGCUGAAUCCAGGCCUCCUCUCUGCUCUGAUAGUGAUUAACCAGUACCUCCAGUAGGAAUGUCCUAUUGGUCCGUUGGCCUUCCCCAGGACUCUGCAGACACUCCCGGCAGCAUGGAGCCACAAAGCAGCCCUGGGGAGGAAAUGGGAGCCAAGGCAUCAUUGUUGGAGGGUCCAGGGCCCAGCUCCACGCUGGGUCCUUCUCCCACUCUGGAGAACAUCCAGGCAGCAUAUGAAGACGGAGAGGGGGAGUCUGCCAGGGAGCUGAUCCAACAAGCCUGCUGUGUGGAGUGCAGCGCAGGGAUGCCCCGCAUUGACGGGGCCCGUCUCCUGUGUGUGGCCACUCAGCACGGUGACCUGCAGAGUGUGUGUUACCUCCUGAAAGAAGCUCGUAUCACUGUUCCCCAGGAGCCGUCCAACAGCAACCCAGCCAUCCUGGCAGCGUACUACGGCCACGCCAGCCUCGUCAAAGAGCUGCUGGACUCUAUACCUGGUCCAUGUCUGAGGAGAGACUUGCUGAACUGGAUGCUGGCCACAUCCUGCCAGCAGGGUCACCUGGACGUGGUCCGGCUGCUGGUCCACGGCUACGAUGCUGAUGCCAAAGACUGCGCCAUCCACAGCGAUGAGUUUGCUGUCAUCACUGGGCUCCCGCUGUACGCUGCUGCACGAGCAGGUAAUGAGGAGAUAGCUCGCUUCCUGCUGCAGAAUGGAGCAGGAUUCUCCUCGUACACACUGAUGGACCAUCCAGCCUUCAGCAAACACCUCCUCAGACUCCAAAUACAGGAAACCUCCAACGCAGAAGGAGAGGAGGCUGUCAGUGUGUCCUGGAGCGGUCUGCAGCUGCCCUGGCUGGAGCUGGAUUGGUUCAUGGAUGUCUCGUCACGUAUCACCCACCUGGAUCUGUCAUCCAACAGCCUGGCUGCGCUGCCCUCUGUGGUGCCCUGGGGUCUCAUGCGGCUGCAGAAUCUGGAUCUUUCUAACAACCUGCUGAAGGAGCUGCCAGCUGCUCACAGCUCCCAGGAGGUCAUCUGCUCCAGGUUACAGCAGAUAAACCUCUCCCAGAACCAGCUCACCAGUUUACCACCUGGACUUCUCCAUCUGACCCGCAUACAGAGGAUUUCUGCUGCUAAGAACCAGCUCACCGUCCUGUUUGACAUCCCUGACACUACGAACUGGAUCGGCCUCCGUAAGCUGGAGGAGCUGGACGUGUCCGAUAACUGUCUGACCAUUUUGCCCACAUCCGUCAUGCACUGUUUGAAAUCCCUGAGCUUCCUCAACGUGUGCAGGAACACACUGAUCACCUUCCCUGAUCCCUGGGCCUGUCCACUGAAACAAUGCAAAGCCUCCUCCAACGUGAUCGAGAGUCUUCCCAACACCAUCUCCAUCUUCUGGAGGACUCAGCUGCAGGAGGUGGACUUCUCUGACAACAACCUGAAGGAGCUGCCCUCAUAUAUCUUUGAGCUGGAGGCUCUGGUCUCGUUGAGAUUGUGUGGGAAUCACAUUGCGACACUCCCGGCCCCCAGUAAGUGGAAGUGCUCCCAGCUCAGGACCCUUGAUCUUUCCAGGAACCAGCUGGGCAAAACAGAGGAAGGGCCCAAAUCCAGGAGGCUGGCCUUCCUGAGUACAUGGAACAGAAGGGACCCAGACCCAGUGUGCCCCAUAGAGUUUCCCAUGAUUCUGCGGGAUUCACUGGAAGUGCUUUACUUGAAUGACAACCAGCUGGAGUGUGUUCCCCAGUCACUGUGUGGUCUGCACGGCCUUACCGAGCUCUACCUCUCCAACAAUCCUGGGAUCCGGGAGCUUCCAGCAGAGCUCAGCCAACUGUCCAACCUGUGGCAGCUGGACACCGAAGACCUCAACAUCACUAAUGUCCCCCAGGAAGUAAGAAAAGAAGGUCCUACAUCUGUCCUGGCUUACCUCCGGGCACACCUUCGAAAAGCAGAGCCUUAUAGACUGCUGAAGAUGCUUGUGAUUGGUCCACCGAGACAGGGGAAGACGGCCCUGCUGGAGGCUCUACAGACCGGCAAGGCGGCCCCCUUCACCCCGGCAGAGUGCAGCAUCUCCACCUCCACCUGGGAGCUGGAAAAACCCAACGGAGGCAAAAACAGCAAGGACUCAGUGGCGUUCAACGUGUGGGACAUUGGUGGUCAGGCGAGCAUGUCCACAGUGAACCAGUGUUUCUUCACUGAUAAGGCCCUGUACGUGGUGAUCUGGAACCUGGCUCUGGGAGAGGAGGCUGUGGCCAACCUGCAGACAUGGCUGCUCAACAUAGAGGCGCGAGCACCAAACUCUGCCGUGGUGGUCGUGGGAACACACUUGGAUCUCAUCGACACCAAGUUUCGCACUGAGAGACUGGCCACGCUGAGAGCUUACAUUCUGGCUCUGUGCCGAUCGCCGUCGGGGGCUCGAGCCAGCGGCUAUCCUGACAUCACCUGGAAGCACCUGCAGGAAGUGUCCUGUAAGACCCUGGAGGGUUUGGAUGGGUUGAAGAAGCUGAUCUACCAGGUGGCUCUCUCCAUGAAAGACAGCAGCAGCUCAGCCUGUGGCAGUAAGCUGCUGGGCAGACUGAUCCCCAGGAGCUACCUGACACUUCAGGAAGCAGUGAUAGCAGAGAAUCAGAGGCGAGAUGCUGAGGGAGAGGUCCAAUACCUAACUGAUGUCCAGUUGGACAGUGUCAUCGAACAGAACCCAGGAAGUGACAUCAGAGACUACGAGGACCUGCAGACUGCCAUCAGCUUCCUGAUAGAGACGGGGACCCUGCUGCACUUCCCCGACACCAGCCAUGGCCUGUGCACCCUCUAUUUCCUGUGUCCUGUGUGGCUGUCAGAGUGCCUGGAGAGGAUCAUGCAUCUCAAGUCCUCUCGCUCUGUAGCCAGAAACGGAGUGAUCCGAGCUGAAGACCUCAGGAUGCUGUUGGUUGGAACAGGGUUCACCCAGCAGACAGAGGAACAGUACUUCCAGUUUCUAGCCAAGUUCGAGAUCGCUCUUCCCGUGGCAAACAACAGCUAUCUGCUGCCCCACCUUCUCCCCCCCAAGCCGGCCAUGGACAUCCACUGCUUCCGUCAGCAGACCAACAACACCCUGCAGCGCCUUGUCAAGAUGAGCUUUGUUCCUGCUGGAUUUUGGGAGCGUUUCAUUGCCAGGAUGCUCAUCAGCCUCACAGAGAUGGACCUGCAGUCGUUUGAGCACAAAAGAAACACCAGGACGCAGCGCAACAGGAGCUCUGUGAUCUACAGCUUCGCUGGAACCCAGCAGAGGAACCGCUGCAGCACCUUCAGAGUCCGACGCAGCCAGACGAUAUACUGGAAGGAGGGGCUGCUGGUCACUUUCGAUGGAGGUUACCUCAGCGUGGAGUCGUCAGAUGUGAACUGGAAGAGGAAGAAGAGUGGAGGCAUAAAGAUCAUCUGCCAGUCAGAGAUGAGAGAUUUCUCAGCCAUGGCUUUCAUCACAGACAACGUCAACUCUCUGAUUGAGCAAUGGUUCCCUGCCUUGACAGCCAGUGAGAGUGAUGGGAGUCUCCUCAUAGAGCAGUACGCACCCUGUCCCCUCUGCUCCUCACUGGGCCAACAGAAGCAGUCCGGCCACGUCGAACAGACAGAAGCACGUGGAGCAGAUGACCGGGGAGGAAGAGAAGGGGUUCAUUACUUUAACAUGGAGGACUGUGUGCUGGCUGCAGUGGAGAAGGAGUACAUCAUCUGUCCUCUACACCCUGAGCAGCCGGUCAGCCUCCAGGAGCUGGUCCCAGAACUCUUCAUGACUGACUUCCCUGCACGGCUGUUUUUGGAGAGGGCCCAGCUGGAGUACUCUGAGGAGGAGAAUAACAUCCUCGGCCAGGGGGGCAGCGGGACCAUCAUCUACCGAGCUCGAUACCGUGAGCAGCCAGUGGCCAUCAAGCGCUUUCACUUUAAGAAGUGUCGACAGCAGACCAUCAGCAGUGACACAGACACCAUGGUGAAACACCUACAGUCUGCAGACGCCUGUCGGAGCUUCUCUGAAUUUCGCCAGGAGGCCAGUAUGUUGCACUCUCUGCAGCAUCCCUGCAUUGUGUCUCUGGUGGGCAUCAGCAUCCACCCGCUCUGCUUUGCCCUGCAGUUAGCGCCGCUUGGCAGCCUCAACACUGUGCUGGAGGAGAAGCAGAAAGGCAAAGGCUCCAAGUACAUGCCCCUCGGUCACAUGCUAACCUUCAAAGUAGCCUAUCAGAUUGCAGCAGGACUGGCGUACCUUCACAGGAAGAGCAUCAUCUUCUGUGACCUCAAAUCUGACAACAUCUUGGUGUGGUCUCUGGAGUUGCGGGAUCCAGUCAACAUUAAACUGUCUGACUACGGCAUUUCUCGACAAACCUUCCAUGAGGGGGCACUGGGGGUCGAGGGCACGCCGGGUUACCAGGCUCCUGAGAUCCGACCAGGCAUCGUGUAUGACGAGAAGGUGGACAUGUUCUCCUAUGGGAUGGUGCUGUAUGAGCUGCUGUCUGGGCGGAGGCCGGUGCUGGGACACCACCAGCUUCAGAUAGCGAAGAAGCUCUCCAAAGGCAUCCGGCCGGCUCUGGGCAGCCCAGAGGAGGUUCAGUUCUACUGCCUCCACAGCCUGCUGACCGAGUGCUGGGACACCAAGCCCGAGAAGAGGCCGUUGGCCAUUCAGUGUGUGAGGCAGAUGCAGGAGCCCAGCUUCCCCUGCCUCAGGUAUAUGCUGUCCUGUGACAUCCACUCGCAGCUCUUCCUGUCCCAGCUGCAGGGACACAGCGCAGUGUUCUGGAGCGGAGACAAAGAUAACAGGAACUACAGUGUGAUGAACGUGGAGAAGGGCCAGGUGGAGGUGAAGAGGAUGCUGUGUGCAGGCAGCAGGAUCAGCUGUCAGAUGAAGAUGGGGAACGUUCUGUGGAUGGCUACUGAGGAGCAGGAAGUUUUCAUCUACAGCCUGAAGGACAUGUGUCCCCUCAGUCAACCCCAGAAACAGUUCUCAUGUCCAGCCGUCAUCACCUGCCUGUUUCCUGUUCCAGUGAGAGAACAGAGCCUGGCCAGAGUGUUUGCGGGGAUGUCUGACGGCCUGGUGGCGGUGUACAGCCUGGUGGAGGACGUUCCCCUGGAGGGAGAGACCUACCUGUGUUCACACACUCUCAACAAGACGUUGUUUGCUCUGAAGGACACAGAUCCCAGGCAGAGACCCUACCCAGUCAAGAGCAUGGCACUGGUCAAUAGCGGCUCCCAGUUAUGGUUCUCCAACGGCCCAGGCGUGCUGGUCAUCGACUGUCUGAGUCUACAGGCAGUUCGAAGGUUGGAGCCCUACAACCCGCCAUCCUCCAUCGUAUCCAUGGCAACCAGCUUCAGUCUAUGGGGAGAGGAGGCCGUCUGGACCCUGGACGACCACAUGAACACUCUGCUGCUCUACCACGCUGCCUCCUACCAGCUCUGCGCCAAGUACUGCUGCGGAGACAGCAACCCUCUUCGGGAUGUCUUCACUGUGCAGCGUCCUGCUGGGGUUACCAUGGUGACAACCCCUGAACUCAAGACCUCAGAUCAGGAAGGGAAGCAGGGAUGGACUAACGGAGAAGUGACAUUGAUCUACAGCGAGGAGGCAGGCACCCAGAUCAUCCAGCACCAGGAUUCACUGACAGACUACUGCUCAUUAUCAUCCAACUGCUCCCUGGAGCCGCUGGGGUCAGACUGUUCCAGCACCGCAGGCCGCGCCUCAUUAGACAGCCACAGCAGUGUGCCUCCGCCUGCAGACUGGGAGGAGACGGAGCAGCAGGCAUCCACUGGCCCAAAGUCUGACCGAGACACUGCAGAGAGCGUGAAGGCCACGCCACCUCAGCUGAGAGCCUUCACUGUGCUGCCAGUGAGCGGAGCUCUGUGGAUCCCCAGGCGUGGAGGUGACAUGAUGGUCAUUGAAAUGCAGUCACAUGGCGAUGAGCUGAGGGGGCGUGUCAUCGCUGUCCUCAGUCCACCUGGAUGUUCGUCUUUGGGGAUCCUGGAGGAGGCAGCAGUAGUGGCAAAGGACACAGUUGUAUGUGGCUUUCGUAAGGAAAACAUGGAGUGGUGCCUGUGUGUCUGGAGGGGCUGGGGCUGCCGCGAGCUGGAAGUCUUCUACCAGUCUUAUGAGGAGCUUGGCCGCUUGGAGACCAGCAUGAGGAAAAGAAGGUAGCUGUUGUGCUGCGUCGGCGAGGCGCAGAAUCGCAGCUCUGUACGGAGGGCGAGCCGAGGGGAAUACACACCGACAGACUGCCAGUGUUCAGAGCAGGGGGCCGCCGAACGCUGACAUCAGGGCAACAUAGGAGGGGGGAGGAGGUGUGCUGUAAGGGCCAAGCCUCCAGCUGUGCACAGUGGUUACAUCCCCUCACUACUUAAGUACAAAUAAGACCUGAAUAUCUGUAAUGCCACAGCAGACAUGAAGCUGAGUCACAGAUCAAACUUAACUUCUGCUCAGAGGUUUAAAUGUUGGUCACAUAUUCAUAUUUAGCCCGUUUGGUAUGACUGGAAUUCAGUUCAAGAUGUGGCGGAGUGUUUGUGUCUGACUCCAGCUGCUGCAGGCCAUUGUUUAUUCUUUCUGUCUAUUUCAGUCUCCCCUCAUUUAACUGUUCCAAUCUGCAACUUUAUGGACGGGGACAUUGUAAGUAUUGAGUCUUUUUAAAUGAAGCUGGUGCUGCUGGGAAACAGCUGUUUUCUGGAAACAAACAGCAGGUUGUAGAUGACACUGAACACAGUGUUCCUGUCUUUAACUGUGCCAUAUGAAUCUGCAUCCCAGCCACAGCUCCCAUUGUUACCAGAGCGGUCUGUAAGCAACAAACGAACAUCUGUGAUCGGCGCAACAUUAUGCAACAGACCAGUGGUUCCCAGCUGCCGUCAUUAAAACCUGAUGCUUUGGCAGGUUCUCAGAGAUAAAAGACCACUUUAUGUUUUUUUAAAUGAGGCUCCACUGCGGCUUCAGACACCACAGUGUGUUUCCUGCUCAACUCUGUCCCACUUGCAUGUGUAUCUCAGGAGAACAGAAAGUCAUCAGUACUGGAUGUGAUGCCAAAGACAGAAGCUGGUGCGUGUGCACAUUUGACAUAAUGUAGAAGACAACAGUGGAUCAUUAAUUCAGUUUGUUGGAUACUGAGGCCCCGUCCACACCUACACAGAUAUUUAAGUGCAAUAUCCUGUGGUGCUGCAGAGAUGCCCUGGCCUAAAAAUUAUUUUCCAGGUGUAAAGGGGACAUGCUCAUUAGAUAGAGACCCCAGCAAAAAUCACAUCAUCAUCAUUUUUAUAUAUUUUUUCAGUGGAACUAAAAUGCAAAAAUUACCUUUCCCAUAAAAAUUGCAACUCAUAUUGCAGUCGCAACAUUUGUCAAAAUAUUCGCAAUAUGAUUUUUUUUUUUUUGCCUACCGUGCAGCUCUAAUCAACACUAAAUGCAACUCCAAACACUCGUUAAUGUUAGCUGUCAACUGCAGCGCAAAGAUCUCAUUAUCCCUGAUUCAUACAAGGCCAAGUAUAUAUGUUUAUCUGUCACACCUUACCAACAACAGUCCCACUCUCGAAAGUGUUCCACAAUCUGCUGGUUGGGCCGGAUCUGAUCCAAACUAUUUUUUUAGGCAGACGUUAAACCACAGACACUGAGGUGGACCAAAUAACACUGGGCGUGGCAGACGCCUCUGUUUGUCUGUGAAGUGGUGCAGCAGUACUAAGGUUAUGUGUGAAGUAUUCAUUAGACCAAGUGGUGAUAAGAAAACGUUAGCAAAUCGGUAGUCUGUUGUUCGUUUUUUAUCUGGCUCAUGCUCAUUACUCAAAGCAACAAUGGGCAAUGUACAAAUUGAGAUGAUGUCAUCGCCUUCCAAACACUCCCUUUUACACGUCCACACAGAUACACAGUAAUCAGUUUUGAAAAAUCUUAACCUUAGAGGGUGUUUUAAAAAAAUCUCUGUUUUAGUGACAUAAUGUCUUGUUUGUGUGAACGAGAGGCCAAAAAUAUUCUGGCCUAUAAACACCGCUUGUUCUUAUUUUCUUAAAUUUCUGGUGUUAUUAAAACCCUGUCUACACGUAUACAGAUCAUUUUGAAACCUGAUAUCUGUCUCUACGUUUUGGCCUCUUGUCCACAUGCAAACAGAGGUUUAGGUCCCUAAAACAGAGAUUAUUUAAAGUGCCUUCUAAGGUGAAGAUUUCUGAUCAGUGUUUAUUUGUGUGGACGAGUAGAAUGGAGCGUUUGAGAAACGAUGACACAAUCUCCUUAAUUUGUCCACGUCCACUGUUGCUUUGUAUAACGAGUUUGCAACAACACCGUGGACUAACUCACCGGCUUGUUUACCUUUUAUUAGCACUGCUUGGUCGAAGGACUACUUUACACCUAAUAUGACUGCAUCACUUCACAGAUAAACAGAGGCGUCUGCUGCACCCAUCCACGUUUUUGAGUCUACUAUAAACAACGGUUUUGGAUCACCAGGCCCGGUCGAAUCAGAAGAUGCUGGGACAAUUUCUAAAUUGGGAUUGUUGUCGAUGAGGAGUGGAAGGAAACUUUUGCAUCACUCUGUUUUAGUUCAGCUCCUUCUUCCAUAUAUCAGAGGUGAAUCAGCAAUGAUGAGAUCUCCAGUAGGUGUUUUGGAAAAGGUAACGUUAGCCUGUACACUUAGCUACCUUUGCAACAAGGGGAGACUGCGGUAGACAGCUUACACUGGCAAGUGUUUGGAGUUGUUUUUGCAUUCUAGUUUGGACAGAGAUAUCUUGAAAAAUAAAGGUCAUGUGGACAGAAGUUUUAAAACAAAGAGGGAAAAUAUCAUUCUUUUUUAUUUUAAAAUACACCCACCGUUACCAUCAGUACUUUCAGGUGUCACCAAAUCAUCCAUAACUGAAAUCAGCUGGACUUCCGCUCCCAUGAGGCCGUUACAGUGUGCUGAAUGCUUCCCAUGGGUGUUUUAGUUUUUUCUGAAUGACAAACCUUUCUUUCUUUCACUGUACAGUGGUACAUAUCAGUCCAGGUGACACCUCUAUUGCAGAAGUUUGGACUUGAAUCAAAGGACUUGGACUCAGGUCACACGUUUGAAGACUUUAGACUCGACAAAAUCAAAAAAAGACUUGCAACUUGACUCGGACUUUAACACCAAUGACUCAUUUCUCUCAACUGAUUUGAUUUGAAAAUACUUGAUACCUGAAGAAUGCGCCACAAAUCACUUAAUUUCCUUAUCAAAAACAUUGACACUAUUCACUCCCUGUAAGUCUACACUUAAUUCCCCAGACCCAUUUUGUGUGAGCUAAUCAGACAGCACCCUGCUAAGUUGCAGGAGAGAGCCAAAUGUUACAUUACUGAGCGCUAGUUGGAAAAAAUGUUACCAAAGAUAAUUUAAUUCACGUAUAAAAAGAUUGCAAUUUGUUGAAUUUCAGACUGCAAAUCUUGGAGGAUGAAGAUGGAACAACUUUGUUCGACAUUUGAGGUUGCACAGGGAACAGUAAGUCAAGGCCAGUGAGAAAAUAGUCAGUGAGCUCAUGUUAAAUGAAUGUUAGCUUAACAGCAAAGGAAGUUUUAGCAAAUUUGUUUUAGUAGAUAAGGGAAAUUUUAAAAACAAUCAUGAUUUCUGUAAAUUUAAUACUGUAUUAUAAACAUUACAUAUGUAAAAGAGGGCUAAGGACUCGAAACAUGUUCAGGACUUGGGACUUGAGUGCAAAUGAUUGAGACUAACUCGUGACAUGCAAAACAAUGACCUGUUCCCACCUCUGGUCUGUAGACUCAAAACACCGCCCACAUUUUCCAGCCUUUCAGAGACACUGAUGAAAGAAACUCUCUGAGUUAUAGAUGUCAGAGGAACAGUCCAUAUCUACAAGAGAGGAAAAGACUCAGUGCUCUCUAGGCUCGCUAUCCAGCCAAACAUAAGCCCUCAGUUUCACCAAAAUAUCCACAAUGUAUCACGUAUAAGUUUCUGCUCUCUCCUUGCUCCCUGGUCUAUCCACACAGCACCAGUGUCAGCAGCCGAGCUCACAGAUUGCAGACAGAUUCAUGCGGCACCACUGAGAGCAGAGCUUUGGGUGAAGUGUUUGCUUAAUGAUGUGGCGACAAUAAAAAGCUGUCAGUCACAGUGUAGAGGCUGAGAGGAGCCCAUCGCUCCCUGCAUCAUGGUUUUACAUCUUUUUAAUCAUUUUAUCUUUACAACCAAAUCUGUCUUUCGCCGUUUUACAUUGGCACAUUUCCACUCUGGCCAGUAAAGAAGUGUAUAUUGUAGCCUGGGGGUGAGGCAGAGGUUAUGUAUUUAUCAGAACGUGUACUGAAAUGGAAGCUGUUGUGUAAAUAUCUGCUGUACAAUAUGUUACUAAAUAAAGUUCUUAUGAUAA